AUGUCAAACGAUGACGUGCAGUCGGUCAACUUAAAUAAAUCCCCAAGACCAAAAUCUAACACCGCAAAACGGAUUGAGCAAACCGUGUUCUUCAAACCGAAAGUAGCACAAACUGCCGUGAUCACCAAGCAAGAUAUUCGCCAGACACUAGACCCUGCUCUGUUUGCCGUUAAAGAUGUACGAUGCCGUGAUAAUGGGGAGAACACUGACACCGCUGAAAUUAGUAUUGUCUAUCAAAACACCAGAGGUCUUCGCACGAAAAUCGAUGACUUUUAUGUUUCGGUUUGUGACACGGAAUUUGACAUUAUUAUCCUAACCGAAACUUGGCUGAACGACCAGAUUUGCUCACCGCAGCUGUUUGGAACCAACUACACCGUCUAUCGCAACGAUCGUGAUCCGGAAAGCACUGGAAAAAAGAGAGGUGGUGGUGUACUGAUUGCCGUUUCUAACCGUCUAAGCUCUUCAAGAAUAUCUGUCGAAGUGCAGUGUGAGGUAGAACAAUUGUGGGUUAAUAUUGAUGGCGGCUGUCGAACCAUUUGCCUUGGCACCGUAUAUCUUCCUCCUGAUGUCUCGAGCUCCAUUAGUGCUAUCGAAAAGCAUAUCGAUUCUGCAUUAGCUGUGUCUAAAAACCUACAACCUCCCGAUUUUCACCUCAUUUUUGGUGACUUCAACCAACCGGGCCUAUCGUGGAAAUGUUCACCCAGUGGAAAAUUGUAUGUCGAUCCUGUAUACUCAACGAGCACUACGGCCGGUUCAGCACUGGUGGAUGGAAUGACGGUGUUGAAUAUGGAACAAAUAAACCCCGUCUCCAAUGUCUACGGUCGAACACUGGAUCUCGUUUUUGCCAACGGCAACGCAAUCGGAUACUGCGUUAUAACUGAAGCAGCUGAACCGCUAACAAAUGCCGACGAACAUCAUCCUCCGUUACUUGCUAAUCUGCGGUGUCCUUCGCUUGUCAAAUUCAACGAUCUGGUAGAUGGAAGAGCUUUCGAUUUUUAUCGUGCUGAUUUUCCUGGGCUGAAUCUGGCUCUGCAAAGAAUUGACUGGUCAAUCCUGGAUGUUGAUGACGUAGAUGAAGCAGUGCAUUUGUUCAACCAAACUUUGACCUCGCUGUUUUGUACAUAUGUUCCCAAACCUAAAGAGAAACAUAAACCUCCGUGGUCAAACCACCGUCUCCGUGUCCUCAAGCGCAAAAGAGCUACUGCAUUAAAAAGGUACUCUCGGUCUCGCAAUGUAAGCACUAAACUAGAUUUUACUAGUGCAAGUUCGCGGUACAGAAACUACAACCGCGAAUUGUAUUCAAUUUACGUUAAGCGGAAGCAAUACGACUUGAGACGAAACCCCAAAAAGUUCUGGUCGUUUGUAAACGAAAAACGCAAGGAGAGCGGUCUUCCAGCUAAAAUGUUUCUUGGUGAGCAAUCAUCUAGCCGGCUCGAAGAUACCUGCGGCUUAUUUGCUCAUCAAUUUUCGAGUGUUUUCGGCGAUUGUGAUGUAACUACUGAAGAUAUCGAGGAUGCUAUUAAGCUCGUUCCAGAGAACCUCUGCCAUAUCAGGAUUUUUUACGUGAUACCUCCUGUGAAUGCUGCGAUCCGCGUGGAACGCUCGGUGUCCCGCGAAGGCGGGAACGUGCUGACCCGAGCGCGGCUUCCAGGUAACGCGCGUGGUUUUUGGCGAACGGCGUUCUUCUGGUCGUGGUUGACGGAUGACCAGGAAACUCUGACACUAGACGUGGUAUAA